AUGCGACUGUCCGGCAUCAAAUCCUCCCGCCUCUCCCAACUUCCCCGGCGGGUCCGCUCCAUCCAACCCUCCCAGGAUGACGACGUCUUUGCCAACAGCCUGCGCAAAACCCUAGAGGCGCACCGCGCCUCCAACCGCGCGCGUCUCAUCCGCAAAACCUACCCCCGUGCUCCAUCCCCGGGCCUCUUUCGACCCUAUAUUCGGCCUGAGAACCGUGCAGGAUACCAGCCACCACCGCCGCCAUCGCUGCAGCUGACGCCACCGGCAAUUGGCCCCGAGAAGGCGGCGAGUGCUAGAAAGCGCUCACGCAGACGGACUCCGGAACCGAGCACCUACUCGACGGAUGCUCGACCCGAGACGAAUGCAAUUCGGUCCGUGGAUGUGGGCUCUGGUCGGCUGGGUCAAACUCCGUGGUUGAGCUAUCUAACCAACGAAGGCGUUCCUGGUGAUGCUUCUGCGUACUUGGAUGCGGAGAUUCAAGCGUUGCACCGCUAUCUCGCUCCGAGCUCUGAUGAACAAAAUCGAGUCACCCAGCUAAGCGCAGAGGUCUCUGCACUCCUAGAAUCUACCGUCCCGCAUACACCGACACUCGUCGGAUCCCGCCGUACAGGUCUUGCGCUGGCGCAUUCAGACCUAGACUUUCUCCUUCCCUUUGAAGAUCUCCCCCGCGCUUUGGACAAGAAUCGCAGACCGAGUCCGACAAGACCUCAGAUCCGAGAUGCGCAUUUGACUCUGCUCCGUCAAGUUGAGAAAACACUGCAAAAUGCCCCAGCUUUCAGGAAUGGUGUUAGGCUAUCUGGGAAACGAAGUCUUGCCCUAGAAGCUCGACACCGUCCCACGGGCUUGCUGCUGCAAUUUUACUGCGGCGAACGGGUACCCGCGUUUACUGAGUAUCUACAGGAUUACUUAGUGGAGUAUCCAUCUCUGCGGCUAUUGUACACAACAACGAGAGCUCUUCUCGAGGCGGGCGCUCUCUUUGGAUCCUCGCAAGCGGGUAUCAGCCCCGAUGCAUUGGCCAUGCUGUUAGUCGCCUUUUUAAAGAUGAACCACGGCCGCUUCCCAGGCCCGCAUCGCCUCGGUGACCAGUUGCUCGCAUUCCUCCAGCUCUACGGCAGAGAUGUUGACUUGCAGUCCGUCGGCGUUGCAGUCGAUCCCCCUGGCUUUUUCGAUGCGGGUAUUCUGCGUAUGAAUAAUGGGCCAGAGGACUCUGCGUAUCUUCGUGGUCAACGCUCUCUUGUCGCUGCUAAGCGUACUGCUGCUGCAAGAGGGAAUUUACCUGCUAGUCGCCGGUUAUGCGUGCAGGAUCCGACUCAUUACAUGAAUGACCUGGGUCGGUCGUGUACGCGUACCCCCGAAUUACAGAGCGUCUUUGCCACUGCGCAUGAGCAGCUUCGUUCAGCUUGUGACAACUGGGAGGGUUCUCGGGAGGAUAGCUCGAUUCUAACAAAAGCCCUGCAAGCAAGGUUCGACGGGCUGGAGAAGAUGCGGGAGCAAAUAGUGCAUCCACAGUCCUCAUGA